AUGAAAUUCCAAACUGAUGAACAAGAAAAAGUAUAUGAAAAAGUUUAUAAAGAACUGCCGGCAAUAAUUGAAAAAAAAUGUUCCGGAUAUGACGAAUUGUAUGGUUAUAAGUUAAAUUAUGGCGAUAAAGAUAAGGAGCUUGUUACCAAGUAUUUCGAUGAAUCGAUUGCAAGGGCUUUGAUCUUUAAACUAUGUAAAGCUUAUGAUUUUAAAUACGAUGAUGUUAAAACCCACAUCAUAGAUAUAUUAAACUGGAGAAAAAAGUUCAACCCUUUGGAUGCUGCGUUCAAAGAGAAGCAUAACGAAACAUUGCAAACAAUUGGUCUUGUUACACAUUAUCCAACUGCUAAGCCCAAUAAACAAGUUAUCACUUGGAAUCUAUAUGGUGCGAUAUCUGGGAAAAAAGAAUAUUUUAAAGACGUAGAUGCAUUUGUAAGAUACAGGGUUGGGCUUAUGGAAAGAGGUUUACGCUUAUUAGAUUUUGAAAAUGAUGACAAUAGCUAUAUGGCGCAGGUCCAUGACUACAAAGGCGUCUCUAUGUUUAAGAUGGAUAGCGAUACCAAGAAAUGCACAAGACAAGUGAUUGCCAUAUUCCAAGAAUUUUAUCCAGAGUUAUUAUCCUCUAAAUACUUCAUCAAUGUACCAAGCAUUCUUGUAUGGGUAUUUGACGUCAUCAAAACAUUCGUAGAUUCCAACACUAAGAAGAAAUUUGUUUUGUUAGGGGAUGGUAAAAAAUUAGGGUCACAUUUGCCUGAAUGUCCUUCAAAGGAUUAUGGAGGUGAAGAUACCAAAAAUACCUUACAACAGCAAUCUGUAGGGACACCAAGACCCACUGAGUAUACUUUGUAUUUGUUUGAGAAGGAAAAUAAUGAUAUCGAAUAA